AUGGGUCAGGCUCAGGAAAAAGGUAGAAAAAGGAGGCAAGCAGCGGCUAUGUGUCAACGGCUGGACAGUUUUCUAGUUCCAAAAAGGGCACGUGAUCAACUUGUGACUCCUGAUCCAGACUUUACACAACUGGUUGCAGUAGAUGAUCAACUAACACCGACUUCCAGUGAGUGCUGUAGUGGUAGUGUAGAAAGAGUAAAGUCGUCCUCUAUCGCCACGUAUGUCGAGUCUUUGCGCAACACAUGCUGUGAAGUUUACGACAACGAGGCUCAGCGUGCAGCCGUCGCAGGCGGCAAUCAGCAAUGCCAUCAUGCUAAUACUUCUGAUCAUGAUUUAGUGGAUGAUAUUGUCCAUGCAGGCUCUGGGUGCUGCGGAGAAGUACAACCUACUGAAAAAUCACAAAAAAAGCCUCGUGCCGACCAAGUUUUUCCUCCGACAUGUAUUGGUGGCCACAACCGAGCUUUUAGUCCUGUUUGGCUAUCAGAACACCCGUGGAUGGUUUACAGCGAGCAAGUGGAUGGUGUCUUUUGCAUUGCUUGUGGAAUUUUCGCUGCUAAAGUGUCCAAGGGGAAGUUUGUAUGCAAGCCUUUUCGUGAUUGGAACAAGAAAGGAGAAAAAGCAAAGGAGCACGAGCAGUGCUUAUACCAUCAUCAAGCCAUUGAGCAAGCUGAUAACUUCAAGCGAACCUUGGAGAAUCCAGAUACUACCAUUACUGCACAGUCGGACACCCGCAGGGCGGCCAAUGUCGCGCGUAAUCGUGCUGUCCUGAAGUCCAUUGCUUCUGCUGUGUUGUACUGCGCCAGACAGUGCAUUGCUUUACGUGGAGACGCAGAGAGUGUGGAAUCACCUGGAAAUCCAGGUAAUUUUCUUUCUUUGCUGAGGCUUCUGGCAGUGCACGAUGAAGAGUUAAGAAGGCAACUGGAAAUUCCUAAAAUGCGAUGUGCAACUUAUCUUUCUCCUCAAACACAAAAUGAGCUGAUUAAAGUCAUGGAAAACCACAUCCUCUUACAGGGAAUAAUAGGUGAUUUGACAGCUGCGCCCUUUUACGCCAUCCUUGCUGACGAGGUAACUUCGCAUAACGUUGAGCAUCUUGCCAUCUGCGCCAGGUUUGUUGACAGAAGUACUAAAGAGGUCAGAGAAGAGUUUUUAAGGUUUUUGAAGUUGAACAGAAUUACUGGGGAGGGGAUUGCAGAUGGUAUCUUUGGCUUUCUGGAAGAGAAUAACAUACCACUUGCUACUAUGCGUGGUCAGGGCUACGACGGCGCCAGCAACAUGUCUUCAGAUCGAGUGGGUGUCCAGGCCAGGAUUAGACAUAAAGCUCCUUUAGCCACCUACGUGCACUGCAGUGGCCACUGCCUUAACCUUGUGAUAAGAAAGUCAUGUGCUCUUCCUGAAGUACGUAAUGUGAUCGAUUGCGUUAAAAAAUGCAGCCGUUUCUUUCUCAAUAGUCCAAAGAGAAGUGGUGUUCUAGAAAUGAUCAUCAACCACAAUGUGGUCAAUGAAGAGAGGAGGAAGCCACUGAUCGAUCUGUGCAAGACGCGAUGGGCUGAGCGGCAUUCGGCUUAUCAGCACUUCUACCAAGGGUACGUAUUUGUGGUUGAAGCUCUAGAGAUAAUAGCUUUCCGCUAUCACUUGGAGAAAUAUGGGGCUACGUAUGCUGACUGGAACUAUGUAGGCCGCAAUGAAGCACAGCAGAUUCUGGCUAGUGUUACUUCCUUUCAGUUUGUUCUGCAGAGCAAAGCUGUUGAUAUCGUGAAAGCGCAUAACAUGAUAUCUGAAAUUGUGAGGACCUACAACAGCGAGCGCGCAAACGUUGAAAGCAGCUUUUCUCAAAUCUACAAAGUUAGUUCAGACAUGGCAAAAAAGGUUGGAAGUACAAUUGCAAUGCCUCGCAUUGCAGCAAGGCAACAAAAUCGCAGCAAUAUUCCAGCUGCUUCAGUUCAAGAGUAUUUCCAGAGAAAUGUUGCAAUUCCCUUUCUUGAUCAUAUAAUUAUUAGCAUCAACCGGCAGUUCUCAAAGUCGGCAGUCACAGCCAUUUCCCUACUUGGUCUUGUGCCAAGUAUCAUAUGUUCGCAAGAUGUCAACCGGGAAGAGACGCUGAUCAAGUACAGAGAUGAUCUGCCAUCGCCUGAAUUGAUGGACGCGGAACUCAGGCGCUGGAGGAACAGGCAUAUGGCGAUGCUCCCUGAGAAGAGACCAUGCUCACCAGCAAAAGCCAUCAAAGAAUGUGACGCCAUUGACUUCCCAAAGAUCUCAGUUCUUUUGACCAUGGCCUGUACCAUACCUGUCACCUCGUGUGAAUGUGAGAGAAGCGCCAGUGCUUUACGACGCCUAAACAACUAUAUGCGCGCAUCCAUGGCUAAGGACAGAUUUUCUCACCUUGCUCUCCUUCACAUCCACUACGAUGUAACAAUAGAUCUUGACAACGUAGUCGGUCAGUGGACGAUGAACCGGUUGGAGGAAAAUGCUAUGUUAUAA